AACGAAACUAAAUUGAAGUAUCAGUGGUGGAGAGAGAGUGCAGCAUCUGGAAACGGACACAUCUGGUUGUCACGCAGAAAAUUCAAGCACCCUGUUAUAUUACUGAUAAAGUGCAGCAUCUGGGAACCAACUCACACGCGCAGAACAGAGGCAGACGAUUACCCUGCUGAGAGCGCAGCAACAGGACACCAGCGUGCACUUCUACUUGGGGCACACAGGCAAAGUGAUAUGUCUGCAGAGAUGACAGACCUGAAUUUCGCUGAGGGGAGACCCCUGAUGGGGGAAAAGGAGGACGACAUCACAGUGUUACUGCAGGAGUAUGUCACACAGGAACAUGACAUCGAGACGGCCCACGGCAUUGUCCACGUCACUAUGUGUGGGACGCCCAAGCUGAACCGGCCUGUGAUUUUAACGUACCAUGAUAUUGGCUUAAACCAUAAAACCUGUUUCAACUCCCUGUUUAACUUCGAGGACAUGCACGAAAUCACCCAGCAUUUCUCAGUGUGCCACGUGGAUGCGCCAGGCCAACAGGAGGGGGCAGCGUCGUUCCCAGCAGGAUACAUGUACCCAUCAAUGGACCAACUGGCCGAAAUGCUUCCCGGCGUUGUACAGCAACUUGGACUGAAGUCUAUUAUUGGCUUGGGAAUCGGAUCAGGUGCCUACAUCCUUACCAGAUUCGCUCUGAACCACCCCAGCAUGGUAGAAGGCCUGGUGCUCAUUAACAUUAACCCUUGCGCAGAAGGCUGGAUGGACUGGGCAGCCACUAAGAUUUCUGGAUGGGCUCACGCUUUACCCGAAAUGGUCAUUUCCCACCUCUUCUCAAAGGAUGAAGUGCACAGUAACCCUGAGCUGGUGGAGACCUACCGACAACAUAUUCUCCAUGACAUUAACCAGAACAACCUGCAGCUCUUCGUGAAGUCCUACAAUAGCCGCAGAGAUCUGGAGAUUGAACGCCCCAUUCCAGGAUCAAACACUGUUACAUUAAAGUGUCCUUCACUUUUGGUGGUUGGAGACAGUUCCCCUGCUGUGGAUGCAGUGGUUGAAUGUAACUCCAAAUUGGACCCCACCAAGACCACUCUACUAAAAAUGUCAGACUGCGGAGGAUUUCCUCAGGUCGUACAGCCGGCAAAACUUGCUGAAGCCUUUAAAUACUUUGUCCAGGGAAUGGGAUACAUGCCUGCUGCUAGCAUGACCAGAUUGAUGAGAUCUCGCACUGGAUCCGCCGCCAGUUCUUCAUCCCAAGAUGGCAACAGGAGUAGGUCUCAUACUAACGAGGGCUCAAGGAGCCGCUCCCAAACCGGAGACGGAAACAGGAGCCGAGCGCACACCGGUGAUGGAAACCGCAGCCGUUCCCAUACAGACACCAACAAUGUCAACUCUGACCACAACACUCCAAAAUCCAUGGAAGUCUCCUGCUAAGCUAGUUUGUAUCUCAACAAUGAAGACCUGCUUGCUAAUUGGAAACAUCUUAACCUCUUCACUGUCUGGGUUACUCCACCAGCAAACGAAGGGGGAGGAUACGUUUUGAUAUAACUGUGAACUGGAAAACCUGAGGACCAAAGAGUAAAAACGAAAACCUCUUAAUGAUGUAAAUAACGCAUACUGUUCCGGGGCAAAUCAGACUUAAAUCCAGUACUAAUUGAAAAUGGUGUUAACUAAACAAUAAAUGGUGGUUGAUUGUGCAUUUAAUAACAAUUCUGUAAAGCUCUAACCAUGUUUGCUUUCGCUUCCAAAAAUGAAUGUGAUAUUCUAUCCUUUAUGACUGAAAUUCUAAGAAAUUGCCAGACCCUUAAAGGUUUUUCUAAUUCAUUUUUUUUUUGGUAUACAAGUUGGAGUAAAAUGUAAAUAUAUCAUACCAAAAGAAUAUUUAUAAAGAUAUUGCUCAUUUAAUAAAAUUCUGUUUUAAUAGUCGAUUUGUGCUAGAAAAAAUUGUUUCUAUGACAAAACUCCGAAGUACUGCCUAAUUUUAUGUCAAAUUACUUUCCAGUUUUAUUAAAUUCAUUCUGAGAGAAAAAAAUAUAUAAAAAGUUCAGAUUCAUUUCUGAAAUUGAUUUUUUAAAAAUUUUUAAAUUUUUGAAAAAAAAUAAAUAACAUUUUUGAAAGAUAUUUUUGAACUCAUUUUAUUAAACCAAAAAUAAUCGAAUUUUGUUGUUAAAAAUAUAUGAUAACAUUCUUAAUAAUGGGAAAUGGGUGUGUUUUUAUAAGAAAUUGGAAAAUCAAAAUAAUGUUACUUAUCUAACAACAAAAAAAUUACUGUGUAUUCCAAAAAAUAGGGAAAGCAGCAAAUAAAUGUUAAUAAAUCUGAUUUUUAUUAUUAUUUUAGACCAUACGCACAUAGCGGCUGCUAAUGAAAGAAAUGUAUGUAUAAUUACAGUAUAUUCUGUGUUUUAUAGGAGAGUUGCAAUCUACCAUUCUCUUAUUAAAUUACUCAGAUGAGUCUUUAAAAUAAUUUUUGUUUCUUCUUAUUUUGAAAUUGUUUGAUAGUUUCUUUCAGCAUAGCUACAGUAUUUGGGCGUUUUUUUUUUUUUCAAGUAUUUUGGGGCGGACAUAUUUUAAAUUUCUGUAGACCUGAGGGACACUGAAGGAGCUCACUGUAUAUUGGAAUGGGAUUAUUGUAUUUAUUAAAGAAUAAUAAACAUUUAA